AUAGCCAAAACCUCGAAUAUAAACUUUAUGGAUAUGAAAAUUACAAUAUAUAUAAUAAAAUAACUAAAUCUUUAAAAUAGUACUAGAUAGUCCAUUCACGCUUUGUGAUGGGUUGAUCAUUUGUUUAUGUCAAAUUACAGAGUAAAAAUUUGAAGAUUAAAAUAUACAUGAAGUAAGACUUUCAAAAUUGGACCAAUGGUUGAACCAAUUAGGCCAAUGGUCCAUACAGUUUGAUUAAUAAAUCAUAAUUUUUAAAAAAAAAUAGAAAACUGGUUGAGCCGGUGUUUUAGCCUAGUUCAACCCAUCCAUACCGAUUUGUGGGUCAAUCGAUCUAACGCCUCUUUCCAAACCAUUACCUUGACAGAUUUUCGAUUCGGUUCAAACAACCAUGACUCGAAGUCUCUAUACACUUCGUACAUAUUAGAAUUUAGUCCCUUUACUUUUAUUUUCAAUAAUUUAAUCUCUCUAGUUUUUAGAUUUAAAAAAUCGCUACAAAUUUUAUAUAACCACGUAAUGUUUUAAUAAAAAAGUUAACGAUAUUAACUAUUUGAACUAAUUAAUAAUAUUAUAAAAUAUAAAGACUAAAUUAUAUUAGAAAUUAAAGUACAAAAUUAAAUAUCAAAUUUAAACAUAGAAAGAUUUAUUUAUAAUUCAAAAGAAAAUAGUCAAUGUAGGAAGAUUCUUUUAUAUAGAGUUAUAUUAAAUAAAAAACGAAGAACAAAAUAGCAUAAUAAACUUACGUAUCAAAUAUGAAUGCUGGAAGGUGCUUUGCACUCCUUUUAUAUAAAGUAUAUGCAUAUGACAAUUCUACCUCUGUUUUUCUAAUGUUGAAAGGGCCAACUAUAGAAAAGUAAACCAAACAUUUGGUCUUAACAUUUCUUCUCUAGAAUUUUGGAAAAGUAAAGCAUCCUCCCGUUGGAAUAUCAACACUGGAAAAUAAUUUAGUUUUACAAAAUUAAUUAUUUUGAUUUCAUAUUUUUAGAAUUAUUCUGAUUUUAACUACAAAUAUAUAUUAUCAUAACCAAAGCUUCUAAUAAAAUUAAUAUAUUCCUUGUUUAAUAGCAAUUUGAAGAAACAUUUUAGGAAACUAAUCUUAUGUGUCACGGUUACAUAUUCCUCAUUUAUCAAUCUAAAACUCAAAUUCGUGUAAUUAUGGAAACAAUUUUCAUUAGGAUUCUUAUUUAAUAAAAAACAAAUAUUAUGAAAAUAAAAUUCUCUAAAUCACAUAAUAUUGCUUGCAAUACAUAAUUAUCAUUUAAAAUCAAAACUUACCAAAAAAUUAAUUUACAUAUUUAAUAAAGAAGUAAAUUGAGCACUUAAUUAAAAUAAUAUAUAAUUUCAUUUUUGAUAAUAAAUAAUUUUAAAUUAAUAUAUUAUUUUCAUCUUCUUAACACACUAACACCAUGUUUGGUUGCGUGUAUUAGCAUAGCCAAUACACCCCUAAUCGGUGGGCCCCACUUAAGCUCCCUUUAUUCCGUUGUUUGGUUCAUGGUAAUGCUAUUACGGGUGUAAUACGUUACUGACCUAAUCGGUGAAAUCCACCGAUUUCUAAUCCGUCCCUUUUGCUCAGUUUAGGUGCUGCUUCACUUUACCCUCCCUGUUUUACCCUCCCGAUCGGCUUCCCCUUUGCCUCUUCUGUUCCUUCCUUCUAGCUUCUGCCGAUUUGCUCAGUUUCUGCCGAUUUACUCCCUCUGUUUCUCACAGUUUUCCCGAUUUGCUCAGUUUCUGCCGAUUUGCGUCUUCUGUUUCUUUUCUUUUUCUUUACAACAUUACGGUUGGCCUUCUCAACCAGUCAACCUUUUCUUUUCUUUUCUCUCUGUCACUCUUUCGAUUGCUCUCAGUUGGUGGGUUUCCAAGUUACUGCAAUUGAAAGUUAUUGGUAGAUAUUAGAAGAAGAUGGUGCUGGUUUUGGCUUUGGGGGAUUUGCAUAUACCCCAUCGGGCGGCUGAUCUCCCUCCCAAAUUCAAGUCCAUGCUGGUUCCUGGAAAGAUCCAACACGUCAUUUGCACUGGUAAUCUUUGCAUCAAGGAAGUUCAAGAUUACUUGAAGACACUUUGUCCUGACUUGCAUAUUACCAGAGGUGAAUAUGAUGAAGAUACAAGAUAUCCCGAGACCAAAACAUUAACUAUCGGACAAUUCAAGUUGGGAUUGUGCCAUGGCCAUCAGACAGAGAUCUUGCUCUCUUUUUCUGAAGCUGCUAAAGGAUGCACAAAGGAUCUACAGUUUGAUGCAUUUGUAACUUGUGAUUCUUGCGGCUAGUGCUGACUGCUAUUUAUGGCUCCAUACUGUUUAUGUACCAUUCCAAGUGGAGAGAAAGGUAACCUGCAAGACCUGCAUUCUACAAAUAUGUUGCCUUCAUGUUCAUCUUGAAUGCCCUAGAACUGUUUGCUUUACCUAGAGCUUCUUCCUAAAGAUCAAUAUACCGAUAUUGCUGUGGGAACAUAUCCAAAAAUGUAGAAUGUGCUUUACCUAGAGCUUCUUCCUAAAGAUCAGUUAGUCCUUGAUUUUUUUUCAGUAUGUACUAUGUGUUAUCAAGUAGAUUUGGAGUUUGAAUAUCUACAUCUAAAUUAUUUUCAUUUCCAAGCAAAGAUCUUUUCUGUUCAAUUUUCUUGUAACAAAAUAAAUAGUAUCAUUGUGUUUGUUAUUGUAGAAUUACAAGAGUCUUGUACUGAUAGAAUUUGAUGGAGUUUGAAUGGCUCAUAGGUUUGAUGGAGUUUAUUUUU